GGGAAAUAUAUGCAUGGUCAUGUUUUGGCUCAUCGUGGGUACUGAGAUGCUGCAGAUGCUCCAUUAAUCUUUAAACCUUUGCUUUUGUUGCACAGUAUGACCUACACUGCUGUAUGUUAGGAUAGGCAUUUGUACAUCUUAAAAGGGGGAUUUAUUUAUUUUAGGCUUUUGUCUUUGACCACUGAAGCUGCAGCAAUGCCCGAUUCUCACCAUCAUUUCAUCUUAGGCUUCUUCCUCCUGCUCCUAAUACCUGCUAGACUUCUCAACGCCAGUCCGACACCACUGCCCAGGCCCAGUUCCUCUGCCACAUCCAGACCCAUUCAGGAUGUUCCUUCUGGCCCUGAGGAUCGUGAUGAAGUCCAGCAGGAAUCAGAAAGCCCUGCUGUGUCUAGUCUGAUGGAAAGUUCUCGGGAGAGUUCUGGGUUCUUCAGUGAGGACAGUGAGAAGAAUAAGCUUCCUCAAGCUUUGCGGCAGUGGAACGGUCAAACAGAGGUCAACUCCAGUCAGGAUGCAGACACCUUGAUGGGUUAUAAUCCAUCCUCCGCUCGUCCUCUGUCCCUCACCCUCCGCAAGGAACCCAGGGCUCUAAACUCCUCCACGUCUUUCUUCACGCCUGUGGUUGAAUCUCUGGACCCAGAGCAGUGGGAGAGCGAUCUGGAGGCCAGUGGUUUUCCAGUCCGCUCCUCGUCUAUGCUGUCUACCACAUCUGCUGCUCCUUCAACACACUCCUCAGUUACAGAAACACACUCCAUGGCUGGGUACUUUAGCCCAAACCACCCCCUGCAUGAAACCACAGCUGAACCUGACGGCGCUCCACUACCUAAAAAAGAUUCGAAUAAAAGAGGGGAGAACGUCCUGACCCAGGCUCCUACUGUUCCAGAAACUGGGGUGUUCCCCAGCCAAGUACCCUUACAGCCUGAUAACUCCCAUCAGGAUGAAUCAGAGGAGCAGGAGGAAAACGAGGAGAUCGUGGCAUUCCCAACUGAGGUAGAUGGAGAGGAGGUAGAUGUUUGGAAGCCACCCUUGUCUGAAGAUCCGGACACACCCGUCGUGGCCUUCACGGAGACGGCCUGGCACGAAACCGGGGAGGAAGAAGAGGAGGAGGAAGAGGAGGCAGAGCUUCGUCAUGGGGGCACUGCCUAUCUAUCAGAGACAGACUCACAAGAACCAGUACAGGUGAUUUGUGUUGACUGGAGUGAUCUGGCGGGAAAGGGCUACGUCAUCCUCAACAUGUCGGAGAAUUACGAUUGUGAUGAAUUUCGUAUGGAGAGUGGCGACAGGCUGCUGGACCUGCUGGAGAGCACGUUCGCUCGGAAGAUGAACAGCCCACAGGGCUCGUGGCUCAUCUCGCUCAGCAAACCCACCAAACAGGAACGCCAGCUUCUCAUGACGCUAGCUAAUGUCCAGGGUGUAAUUGCUACUAAGGAUGUGCUAACGAUGCUAGGAGAAAUAAGAAGAGGCCUUAACGAGAUUGGCAUCCAAAAUUUCUCAAGCGUAAGCACGUGUCACUCCAGACCGAACCAGACUCGAGGCGAUUACAGCAAAUUGUUUGUGGUGCUGGUGAUCAUCGGCUCUGUGUGUGUAAUUAUCAUCGCAUCCGGACUCAUCUAUAUCUGCUGGCAGCGCCGCCUGCCCAAAAUGAAGAGCAUGUCUCGAGGCGAGGAGCUUCAUUUUGUGGAGAACGGUUGCCAUGACAACCCCACGCUGGAUGUGACGAGCGACGGCCAGCCAGAGAGCCAGGAGAAAAAGCACAGUGCCAACGGUGUGCCAGCAGGCACCGGAGCCUGGCAGGGGGUGGCAAACAAGCCAGGCAAAGAAGAGGAAGACAAUCACGAGGAGGAUACCCACCUCUAAUUAAAGAUUGACGGAAAGUGUUCCAUCACGGUCGAGAACGCUCCAGCUUUUUCCAACCAUCUGCUAAAUAUUUAAAGCAAUCGUCUUUUAGCUUGUAUGGGCUUUAUUUAUCUGCACCAGCAACGGUUAUGAUGGACUACAGAGUGCAUCACAAUCGAUCUUAAGAGGGUUUGUUUUUUAAAGUUGAAACAUAGAGGGUUAUUUGGAAAACGUAGCCGUAUCGACUAUGUAGCCGUGCUAAUUGAAGUAUGAAUUGUGUUCAGCUAAUGAGAUAAGAUUGCCAAAUUGCAAAAAAGUCUUGCACUGUCAGAACUGAA